CUGCUUUGAGGGGAUGACGCAUUAAUCGGAGUGGGGGGAGGGCGAACAAAGGUGGAGCGAGCGCGCCAUUUAGACGUCGAUCCGCUCCCCAACGUUGAUUGUGGGCAAGACGGGCCGGGUGGGGUCCUUGAGCCCAGCCCUUGUGUACGCGGCCAGCGAAAAGGGAGCCCACAAGCCCAGCCAGGCGCGGCGCUCCGCGCUCCUCCCUCUCAAUUCCUAAUUCCUAAUUCCUAAAUUCUUGGUGGGACGGGAGACCCCAGCAGCCCGAGGCCUUUCGUUUCCGUCGUCGUCCUCUUUCCUCUCCUCCGCUGUUCCGCUUGGUUAGGUUUAGAGCCGCAAUAGCAAACAGCUUGCGCUCCCUCGAUUCAGAUGGAUCAUCCUCCCAAGGAGGCGGCGGCGGCGGCGGCGGCGGCGGCGGCCCCGGCACCGGCUCCGGCUCCUACCACCAACGUCAACAGUUCGAGUUCAGGUUUAGCAGCCCCCCAAGACCAGGUCCGGCGCGUCUUCUGCACCAAAUGCUUCGACGCUCUCUGGUUCUGCUACUCUCCAUUUCACCAGAUGCAACAGUACUACAGAUACGGAGAAUUUGACACUUGCUUCGGGAAGUGGAAUGCACUCUUUGACUGUUUGAGCCUCAAAACCAAAAAGUCAUCAGAAGUUCAGGUUUGGAGAUUUUAGAAGCUCGUGAGAAAUCGAGGCCACAUAUCUGGGAAUAUCGGACGGUUGAGGAAGCCUCGGUGAAUUGGUGGAGGAUGUAUGGCCAUUUUUUCAAGUUCCCUCCUAAACCUGAUUCGUAAACUUACCCAGAUUGCUCGGCUCUUUUCCCCCGAGCGCGCACAUUACAUUGCUUCGGUUAAGUCUUUGAGCUUAUAGUUGUCUUCCGAAAAAUAAAGACUCGAGGCGGGUAGUCCCAUUAAUUAGCCAGAGUGCGAUGUAUCUGAAAACACUCGAGCAUCCGUUGAGCUGGAGGUUUAACCUUGAAAGAGGGCUGGAGGUCAGGAAAGAAUCACACAAUAGGUUUGGAUGCUGUCUCCUGUUCUUCUUACUUUAAUUAUCACCUGGCAGCUUUAUUUGUUGUUUUCUCCUUUAGUCGGUCGUAUGCCUUAUUAAAAGAUGCAGGAAUUGAAAGCUCUCACCAGAAAAGAUGUUUGAA